UUCUGCUUCCCUGUACCGCCAGUGUGGCAAUGUGAAUGGUGACCACGCCACAGACGCGUAGCUCUGUCAUAAACCCAUGCAAUGACCACUCAGGCAGCACAAGACUACCUCACGAAGGAGGUUUUUAUAAGGCGGAGCGUGGUGACCUUCCGAUCCUUAAGUCGAGAACUGGGCAUCCACGUCAAUGAUGCAAAGAAUGAACUUAAGGCAUUCCACGAAGCGUCGAUAUAUACCAAUACGCCUGCUAUACCAACCUAUCUCGUCUCCGGGGAGGUCGCAUCAAAGAACGGCGGUCCCAGCAACACUCCUGAUGACUAUGACGUGGAUAUGGAUAUGGACCUCGACGACGAAGAUGGGUCAGAUGUGGUGCACAUCAGUAAAGUUGUGUUGGUGGAUGCUGAUGUCCUGGAUGAAACGAUGGCUCAGUUUUCGCGAGUCUUCUCGAUACACGUAUACAGUUUGUCGCCGUCGAAACUCAAGGAUGCAGAUCUCAUAUGUGCGAGCAAUGUUAACGUGCAGAAGGUAGACGCCUCCAGGGGUCCUGAAUUCUUCUCGAUCGUUGGCAAGAUACGUGGAGGGCAUGUAGAGACAAGAGCCAGCGCAAGAAAGACAUCAGCUCUUGCCCCUGCCGCUGCUUCCUCGUCAAAAGUGACUCUCGAGGAAACCAAGAAACAGCCCUCCAAACCUGCUCCGCAGACAAAGCCAGAGCAGCCGACACUCGAGGGGAAGUCAUCAACGUUAGAUUCGAAGGAAUUGACGAGUACAAAAGAACUGAUGCAGAAGACGGAUAUCAAAGAGAAACCAAAGGCGUCGGGAAGGCUGGACUGGAGCAAGGCAAAGUCAAAAGAGAAGGAGAAAGCGGAGGACAAGAGGAGUGGAGAAGACGACCCAAAACCCAAGCCAUCUAAACCGCCCUCCACAAACAAAACGUCUUUUCUGCCAAGUAAAUCAAGCAUAAGCAACCAGAGCUCUAGCAAGCCUGAGGCGAACAGGGCCAAAACUGAUUCCACCGGGCCAAGUCACGUUCCACAGCGUGGCGUAAAACGCAAAUCCUAUGUCCCAUCUGACUCGGAAAAGGAGGAAGACCAGGUCUUGAAGCCCAGCAAACCAAUCGUAUCUUCCAGCUCCGCCAAAGUGAAGAAUGGUGUGGUCCUGACCGACGACGACGAAGAGGAUGUGCGAGCGUUUGGAAGACGUCGUGCUGGAGUGAAAAGUGGUGAAAUGUCUGACACAGAGAUGAGUCUCAAAGCCAUGAUGGACAUCGAUGACGAUCAGGUUGUUAGAGUGUCCCGAACGAAGAAGGUCCCACCAAAGGUUGAUAUUGAGGAAGAUACGGACGCAGAUAUUGAAGAAGCCAGGGAAGCUAUGGUCCCCCCUGUUAGCAGCGAUGCUGAUGACAUGGACACGGAUGAUGAACCGAUCGUAAAACCAAAGAAGAGGGCACCCAAGAGGGUUGUUCCCGUAGGUCGGAAUGGACUUAAGAAAAAGAGAGUCAUCAAAUCCCGGACCACGACCGAUGCUAAAGGAUACAUGCAAACCGAGGAUUACUCUUCAUAUGAGUCUGUAGAAGAGGGGGACGUUCAGACUGAGCCAGCGACCAAGCCCAAAGGUAAGGGCAAGAAGGGUAACAACGAGCAGGCCAAGACAGAGGAACCAUCCGCAGAAAAGCAGACAGCCAAGAGCAAGCCAAAGGUUGCUUCAAAAGCUGCGCCAAAACCCAAGGGGAGUGCUCUCAAGCGUGGUAGUUUGUUAAAUUUCUUUGGACCAGAUAAAGAGAAGAAGUAAGAGUAGGUGUAAAUUGUUGUGCGUGGAAUAUGGAGCCCAUCAUAUACUGUCACUCUGCACUCUGUAUCCUUGGAUCCUUGGCGCAGGGAUGCCGUCAUUGCUGGUAUGGCAUACUGGAUUCCAAUGAACUUCAACGCUGUCUUGAUGGGGGUGAGGUGGCCAUGCGGUUUUGUUCCCUGCUGCCUUGAACUUGUUCGAGGCCUGCGUCCGACAAAGUCUAGUGAGUUGCCGUCCGGUCUACAAGGCGAUCCGAAUACCGCCAGCGCUUUUAAUAUAUGCCUUGAGUUCGAGGGGAGAAUUCAAGCCGAUAUUGACUCGGGAAAGGACAUGGAGAAGCAACUGAUUUACUGUCGUAUACUCGGCUACCUCUUGCAACACAUCCCAUC